AUGCCGCUAGGGCUGUUACCGCACUUUGUGUCACACCCACUUCAACCGACUGGCAGCUCCACGACAUCUCCUCCUCCCGCGCCUCUGCAACCAUACAUCAACAGACCUUCCCCUAAGCCCUGCCGAGACCCCGCUACUCACUCCCCCAUUCCUCCGAAAAAGCACCCACCACCCGCUUCCCCCGCGCUGCUCUACAUCUACCCCCUACGCCACUCAUCCCCACUCCGCAACUCAUAA